CCCUAGGGAGGGGAGUCGGGCCGCGGGCAAUGCCUGGUGGAGGACUGGGUCCGCUUUACACGAAGAAGAGCGAUUUCCAGGGAGCGCUUUACACGAAGAAGAGCGAUUUCCUGGGAGAAUUCCACAAGGUUGUGAACCACAUGUUUAACUGAAGAAGAGUUUGAAGCAGCUUGGGGGCAGCUGCUGGAUAAGUAUAACCUCAGGAGUCACGCAUACAUGACUCAGAUUUAUGAAACUAGGAGAAAAUGGGCGAAUCCUUACUUCAGGGGUGUGUUUUGUGCAAAAAUGACAAGCACACAGCGGAGUGAAAGCGCAAACCACAUGUUGAAAACUUGUAUGCCCCCAGCAAGCCCAAUGCAUGUUUUUGUGAGGCAGUACAUGCGGUUGCAGUUCGACCGCGAACAUGACGAGAGCUAUGAAGAGAAGAGGACCAUGAUUGGUGGUGUUGUGAGACGUACGAACCUUGCCAUAGAAUGUCAUGCCAGCAGAAUAUAUACUAGGAGUAUGUUUGAGGAAUUUGGGCGCCUUCUAGUUGAAGGAACAGCCUACAAUGUAACUGAAGUUGAGAGGCUACGGAAGUACAAGACCACUCACAACAAUGCAGAAAAAAGGGAGAAGUGGAGCAGAGUUGAGUAUGAGGUUACCAUAAACGAAGACAAGUCAAUAUUUACAUGUGAAUGUGGCCAAUUCGAGCACACUGGGAUGUUGUGCUGCCACGCGUUGAGGGUGAUGGAGAUCCUGCAUCUUGAGGAGAUACCCCAGCAUCACAUUGUUAAGGGAUGGACAAGAGACGCAAGGGAUAUAUUGCCGGAGCAUUUGGUCCAGUACCAAAAAAGACAACUCAGUUAACUUAUCAUUCACAUGUAGGCAUGCAACACUGUACUUGAAAGCCAGGGAAGUCGUGCGGAUGGGCGAUGCAAGUGCUGCAUGUUAUGAGCAUAUGCAUGCAGGCCUGGAAGCUCUCCUGGUGAGUGGGGCACCGUUGGCAGCUAGUAGGGAUGGUCUGGCAUUUGAGGAUAGAUUCGUCGAAAGAGCUGAAGCAAGGAUCAAUGGGAAUAUGGAAAAUGCGGCUGCUAUGAGUGUCGCACGGCAAUGUCAUAGUGCUGGGCAUUCUGGUAGUGUCAACGGCCUCCACGGCCUCGAAGGCCCCAACAGGCAAAGAGGCGCAGGGAGGCCGACAAACAGCAGAGACAAAGCCCCGUACCAAGGGUUAAGCAAGCGAACCAAGUUCUGCAUCAUUUGUCGUCGCGGACGGCAUGCCUGGAGAGGGGUGACGCGCCAAAGAAGCCGAGGAAGCCAGGAAAAUGCAAGAACUGCGGAAUAGAAGGUCAUCGACGAAACACCUGCAAGCGACCACUUGGUUUAGCAAAGCAGUGAUCUUUUAUUUUUUUUCAUUUCCAAAUAUGAAGCAAGGGAUUCCCGCGCUGUGUUUUGCAAAAUCAUUUCUCUGGGGUUUGGGCCACACUUCCAGGGGGUGUGCAUGUUUCUCUUGUGCUAAAUUGAUGCCCUGAACACCAUUUCAUAUGGGUACUAUAGUGAGAUGACAUCAAUGUGUGUACUCUGAUGAACAAGUGUACUAAACCUGAUGUAAUAAAUUAGUUGGCUACAUGGAG